UUCCCAACAGCCUCAUUUAUAGGAGAUUACUGAAAUUUUUUCCAAUUGUUAUUAUAAAUAAAAUUCUCUUCCUCGCCUUCUCCGCCUCCCCUGCUCUAUAAUUACUACGUCUUUAUCUCAUUCUAGUGUGCAUAACUGCUUAGCUGUAGCUUCAUAAUUAACGCUGUUUUCUUCUGCAAUCUCGCUCCUUAUAUAUGUAUAAAUACAUACAUAUAAAUGUUUGUUGAGACUCUCUGAAAGUACUUGUUUGGUCUAAAUGGGUUUUCUCAAAGAUAAAGGUGUAAUUUACGAGCCUGCUGAUCGUGUGGAUCUUGGUCCCGACAGUGAUGAAGUUUAUCUCCAAGCCAAUGUCAAAGCUCCUCGAAUGGCUGGGCUUCUGGUUAAAGUUUUCACUUGGUUUUUGGAGUCGCCAAUAUUUGGAGGCAUAUUAUUGUACUUUUUGAAGAGAAAUAAUCUAAUCCACAAGCUUGUCUCAUUUGCCGAGUUACAAGAGCCACCUCUCUUCGAACCUAUGCACCCAUAUAAUGGCAGCGAAGAAACGGAAGUAAAAUGUGUAGAGGCUGAUCUGCCCCCACCAGAAAAGGUUCGGCAUGUUGUUGAUUGUCUUCAAUCUGCAGAAGAUGUGUCUGAGAGUCCAAAACCGAGCUUCCGACGUUGGACAAUAUUGGAUUAUUCAAGGGCUUAUACAUCAGGAGAAAUAACUCCUCGAAUGGUUGCAGAUCGAUUUAUAGCAGCUGUCCGUGAGUCUUCCAAUCCUCCUUUGCAGAUGUCUUUCUUUAUCAACUUCAGCGUCGAAGAUAUUAUAAGGCAGGCUACAGAAUCAACUCUUCGAUAUGAACAAGGAAAACCACUAUCAGUACUAGAUGGAAUUCCAAUUGCUAUUAAAGAUGAAAUAGAUUGUAUGCCAUACCCAACAACAGGAGGUACGAAAUGGUUGCACAAAGUACGACACUGUACAGAGGAUGCAUGCUGCGUUAAACGCCUGCGAUUAUGUGGUGCCAUAAUAGUGGGAAAAACAAAUAUGCACGAGCUCGGGGCAGGAAUUAGUGGAAUAAAUCCUCACUAUGGAGCCACUAGGAAUCCAUAUAAUUCAAAAAAAAUUACGGGAGGAUCUUCCAGUGGAUCUGCUGCUGUAGUAGCUGCCGGAUUGUGCCCUGUUGCACUUGGCGUUGAUGGGGGAGGAUCUGUUCGAUUGCCUGCAGCCCUUUGUGGUGUUGUUGGAUUCAAGCCAACUUUUGGACGUGUGCCACAUAAUGGAACUCUUCCCCUGAACUUUACAGUUGGAAUGGUUGGAAUACUGGCAGCCACAGUGGAGGAUUCACUCAUUGCAUAUGCAGCUCUCAGUGGCAACCUAUCAUCAAACCCAUCCAGCAUGACAAUGACCUGCAUUGUCGCGAGAAAAAACCAGCCUCAAGUAUGUCUUCCGCUGCUGAAAUCAGCAAACUAUAUGUCUUUUAACAUCAGAAUGGCAAGAUCUGCAAAGUGGUUCGAUGACUGCACUGAUGACAUUAGAGAAUGCUGCUCUCAUGCUAUCGAUAAACUAUCCGAUAAGUAUGGUUGGAAGACUGUGGAAGUGACCAUACCAGAGAUAGAGGUCAUGCGCUUGGCACAUUAUCUAACAAUUGGAUCAGAAUGUAGUAAUGCAAUUGCUGCCCACCAAGAGAAGAUCCUGGCAGAAAUGGGGUGGGAUGUGCGGGUUGGACUUUCUGUGUACGGGGCUUUUCACAGCAAGGAGUACUUAAACGCACAGAGAAUCAGGAACCGACAGCUUCAAUUCCACAACAAGAUAUUUUCUAAAGCAGAUGUUAUCGUUACUCCAACAACAGGAGUCACCGCAUACACAAUUAAGGAAGAUGCACUGAAAACUGGUGAACUCGACUACAUAAAUGGAGCUGCCCUAGUACGGUACCAGAUAGCAGGAAACUUCUUGGGAUUGCCUGCUGUGACUGUCCCGGUUGGAUAUGACAAAUCUGGCUUGCCUAUCGGUCUUCAGUUUAUUGGGAAACCUUGGUCUGAGUCGUUAUUGAUUCAUGUUGCUUCAGCUAUGCAAGCACUGUGCACCUCAGAAUACAAAACACCAGAGGUCUUCUAUGAUAUGCUUGCUAAGAAAUAAGCUGUUACUAGACUUCAGACGUUAUUAUUCAAACUUUUAGGAGUUCCAAUGGGUGAUACCAAUAGAUGCAACAACGAACGUGUGAGAAUAUCAAUUUACAUCUUUGUAUGAAACAAUGCUUUGUUGGUUUACUUGUAUUUAUGCUAGAACACUUGAAGGUUCUAGUCCUGAUAUAAAGAUUAUGUCACCUUUGUUUUGAGAUUGUGGAAAUCAAUUGAUACAUGUCUUCAUGCUC